AUGCCUAAUUCAAAUCGAUUCGUUAUUGGUGUCGAAUAUAAUGGUAAAGUUCGUCGUAUCGCUGCUGAACAUCGAUAUGUUACCGUUGAACAUUUUAAACAAAUUGUACAAUAUCAAUUUGGUAUUGAUCAUUCGUUUGAUUUAACAUAUGCUAAUGCUAUAUUAAAUGAGGAUGAUAUUCUAGACAAUCUUGACCUUCAACCAACGACUGAUAUAAGAGUUAGACGAAAUAAUGAUGUCAGCUACGGACAAUCAUCAAUUCGACAUACCCUCACCGCAGAAGAAUUUGACACCAGUACCGGACUGUCAAACGUUUCUCACAUUCGUUAUAACCGAGAUCAUUCGAAUAAAAGAAAUGCAAAUAUCACAACAUCUAACUCAACAUGCGCACUUUCCAAUGGUAGCCAACAAACGAAUAACACAAUCGCCACUAGUUCAUAUUCUAUGCCUACUCGUACUCAUUAUUCCAGCGAUGUAAACUUGGCCAGACAUCUGCAAAAGUUAGAACUUAAUAAAAGAGAAUCCCCAGUAAUAUUUUUAAGUUAUCAGUGGGCGUCUAAAGGAAAAGUCAAACGUCUGAAAGCUGAUCUUGAAAGAGAAGGUUUUGAAUGUUGGAUGGAUAAUGGUCAGAUGGGUGGUGGCGACAAAUUAUUCGACGAAAUCGAUGCGGGUAUUAGACAAACAAAAGUAUUUAUUUGUUGUUUAAAUGAAAAAUAUCCACUUUCUGAUAACUGUUGUCGAGAACUAAAUUACGCUAUCACUUUGAAAAAAUCUGUUAUACCAUUACUAAUGGAAAAUAUUACAUGGCCACCACAACGUUUAGGUAUCAUACUCAGUCAAUAUAUUUAUAUUAGAUUUCAUCAUGAUCCUACUACAGAUAAUCAAAAUUCGCUAGAGGAAAAAUUUGAAGAAUUACUCAGACAAAUAUGUCGAUUCAUAAACUAA